UGCACCAGGUUUAACACUGCUGGCUUUUGGGCACCUGUCAGGUCUCAGCUGUACCAGCCCUGCAGUACUACAGCUGCCUUGUCCCUACCAUGCACUCACCAAGGUUCCUUUCCUGUGGCAGGAGGAAUUUCGGUUGGAGAGGGGUCCCCAGCUGUUGGCACUGGUGGAGGAUGCCUUCUCCAGGCAGGCAGAGGGGCUGCAGGACCGCUGGCUCAUCUCUCUGAGCAAACCCAAUGAGAAUGACAAGCACUUGCUAAUGACGCUGGCAGGGGAACAGGGCGUUAUCCCUACAAAAGAUGUUCUCAUGGCACUGGGGGAUGUUAAGAGGAGCUUAGCUGAGAUUGGUAUCCAGAACUACUCGACCACCACAAGCUGCCAGUCGCACCCUAACCAGACGCGCAGUGAUUAUGGGAAGCUCUUUGUGGUGCUGGUGAUCAUCGGCUCCAUCUGUGCCAUCAUCAUCGUGUUGGGGCUCAUCUACAACUGCUGGCAGAGACGCCUGCCCAAGAUGAAGAACAUGUCGCACGGCGAGGAGCUGCGCUUUGUUGAGAAUGGCUGCCAUGACAACCCCACCUUGGACGUGGCCAGUGACAGCCAGUCGGAAAUGCAGGAGAAGAAGCCGAGUGUGAACGGUGGAAACACCAUCAAUGGCCCCGACAGCUGGGACGUCCUGAUCAAUAAGCAGGCGAGCGAGGAUGUGGAUGUGUUUGAGGAAGACACGCAUCUUUAGAAAAAGAAAGGAGGGAACCACCCUCUUAAACACACUUGUUUCUCUCCUAUCUUGACUGAUGGACCAUGGGAUCAGGUGGCUUCUCAGGAACUUCUUAAAACCUUUGAACAGGUCUUUGGGCAAGUUUUCCUUAUGGAAGUCCUGAGCCUGCAUCUGAGGCUUGGAGGCAGGAGGAUCACGGAACAGAGGGAAGCAGGAGGGGUGGGUUUAUAGAUCUCCGUGUGUGUGUUCCUAUCAGUAGCACCAAUGCUUUCAUCACCUUUAAAUGCACUUACUGUAGCUCUGUGGUAGUGGCUGAGAGUGUCUGGAUUGGAGAAACAAGAUGAUGGGGCUGCUUGCCACCAAGAGUCCAGAUUUGGGGAGUAAAUUCACUUUCCAGAUCCUGACCUUGAGAUCACAUUCAGUCUGUGCAGGUGCAGUAAAACCUGUGCAUUCUGGAUGGAGGGGAGCCAAGAUUCCAUCCAUGUCCUGGGCAGAGUUUGCAUUCCCCAUGUGAAAACAGGUUUUCUAGUGCUCUAGCAUUCAGCUACUAAUUGUAUGAGAGCUGAUGUUUACAUCUGGGGAAAACACCCCUACCACCCACUCCUUGCUGUCAUCUAAUUUCACCCCUGGUACCACAAACAGCCCCACUCCUUUUUUCAGCUCCACAACUCCAAGCUGAGCUUGCAAAGUUUGAGCACUUUACCCUUGCUUGACUGAUUGCAGAAAAUUCAGUGCCAUGGUGCAGCAUUUUAGAUGGAAAUGUGCUUUAGGUUGGAGUGUUGUUCAAAAAUUAUGUUUACAUGCCUCUUUCACAAUAGCCUGGGAAAUCAGCAGGAAAAUAUCCCUUGUCUAAGUGUAAGUUUUAAACUGGCUGGCCUUUUCCACUCCGGUUCUAUUUUUCAGGAUAGUUUGGUUUCAGUUGGUCAUUUUGUUGUAAAUAUGAAGACUAUGUGAAACUUCUUAAACUUUUUAAAUGAGAACAAAUAAUGUUCUCAUCCUAUUGUUUCAAUUUCAGCAUCUUGCCCUGAGGUAAGGGUUGGAAGUAUUUAAUACCCCACAGUUAUAAAUCCGGGUAACAUCCAUAAAAUCACUACAUUUAAACAAUGUAAAAGCCAGUUCUGAUGAGAUGAGAAUCGGAUGUAAGAGCUCUGCAAUGAAUGUUUCUCAGGCUUGCCUCAGGCAACUUUUGAGGCUCCAGCUCCCUCAAGAUGUGUGCUAAAGGCACAUGAAUAUGAGUAAUUGUUCUCUGAGCCCUGCCUAAACUACUGUCAAGCCUGAAAUCCCAGAACAUUUGUUUUUUCUGUCACUGAGGGACUGAGGGACUUGCUUCGGUCAGAGGCACCAGUACUUCUCUCCCUGGUGGUGAUCUGCAUGCUUGUUUCCUGCAAGAUGCAGCUUCACACUUGGUCUUGAAGGGAACCUUUGUAUACAGAGGCCCCAGAUGUGCAGCCUGAUGCUGAGCCUGUAAAUCUAUCACUGUAUGUAUAGAGACCUCUAGCAUGUUCCUCCCUGGUGCGUGUGCCUAAAGUCAAGGUGCAAGAAUCUGUUGUUGCAGUUUGUGUAGCGCUUUGCAUACAAACUGAAUCACAGAUCACCUCGAUGUAGGACCACUCUGAUACCAGUUUAUUAGGGAUUCAAGAAAGGUGAUAACUUUUGGUUUCCUAUCCAGAUUCCAAUUUUCAGUGGUUUUAGCCUGCCUCCAUAUCUUUCCUGGUGUUAUGUAGGAGACAGUAUUUAUCAGCUCCUUUUGUACCUUGGUAGGGUUGCAGAGAUGCUCAGAGUUCCUUCUCUUGCCUCAGCAGUUGGUAGUGGGGGACAGUCCAUGUAUGUGGACAGCCAUCCAUGGCCCUCUCUGACCUCACUGAUGGCUCCUGCUGAGUUUGAUGGGUCUGUGCAGUAAAGCUGUACAAGUCCCUUGGCUGUGUUGAAGGCACUUUGGGGAUCACAGGAUUAAAUGCAAAUUGUUAUGGUGAGUAAAUUAAAGCAUGGAGUUAAAAUUUGAGUUCUUAUAGCACUUAGCAUAACAGGGCCUGGCAUGCCCAUGGCCUUUAGACAUCUGCACUGUGUAAAUCUUUCCAAGUCAAAUAAUCCUCAUCAAAUAUGUUUUUAAUGCCCAGUGGCUGUUAAAAAGAUAAUGCCACCAAUCAGAUGUGAAUCAUUUCACCCACAAAUCGCUUCCUUGGUGCACAUCCCUGCUAAGAGCUGCUUUGCUGCCCUGUUUUCUCUCCACUAUCCUAAUUUAGAGAAACAACAAGGCACUGAUAAAGCAAUGCUUCCAGCUGGGCUCAGCACUUCCCAAUCUCAUGUAAAGUCUUCAAACUUUAAAGAAACCAAGGAGGCUAUGUGGGCUCAAUAAUCAGCUAGCAAGUUCUUCUAAUUUGCUCUUCUGGCCUCUCGUGGCCUGGAGGAUUUUCCAGAGAUGCUUUUCUCUGUCUGGACCAUCCAGGUGAUCUGAGAGACACUUCAAGAGUGGCUGUUGUGAGGCUGAGGACACUUUUCUGCUGUCUCUGACAGGGUGUACCUGGCUGUAUGAUCCCAGUUUAGCUUCAGAAAUCUACUGGUUGAUAGAAUUUCACUUUAGUCUGGUGAUACUUUUUGUCCUUUUACAGUUUGUUUUUUCUCUGUAUCAUUUUUUUGCACUAGGCUGAUCUUGUCAAGUCGAUUGCACUGUUGUCCCUCUCCUGCCAGCCCUGCAGAGACGGGUCAUCUCCGGGGACCUGCGGGCUGGGAAGCACUGUAGAGAGGCUGUUGGUAGCCUACUUUACUCUGUCCAGUGUUUGUAUUUCCAGCUCUGCACAGGGAGGAUGUAAAGAGGAAGAAAACCUUUGUCUUAGCAUUUGUAACAGGAAGCUUUUCUAUCACCCUAAUGUAGUUAAACUUCUUUUUAAUAAAAACUGUGAAAGCUGGA